AGAGAGAGAGAGAGAGAGAGAGAGAGAGAGAGAGAGAGAGAGAGACGCACGGAGCACGGGACAGGAGCAUACCGGUCGGACUCGGAAGUCGCGAGGAUGGAGAUCCGUCCGGACCGCUUUAAGGCCCAGGCAGGAAAAACUUUGGGGAAAAUACACAGACUCCUGGAGAAACGGCAGCAGAAUGGCGAGACCAUCGAGCUGUCGGCGGAGGGCCGCCCGGAGCUGGUGGAGGAGAAGGAGCUUCCCGUCGUGGACUGCACGUGUUUCGGGCUUCCACGCCGUUACAUCAUCGCCAUCCUGUCAGGCCUGGGCUUCUGCAUCUCCUUCGGCAUCCGCUGUAACCUGGGAGUGGCCAUUGUCAGCAUGGUCAACGACCACACCAUCUACUACGGGAAGAAGCCUGUCAUAGUGGCUGCUCAGUUCACAUGGGACCCCGAGACGGUAGGGAUGAUACACGGCUCAUUCUUCUGGGGUUACAUCGUCACGCAAAUACCUGGGGGAUUCAUCUGUCAAAAGUUUGCCGCUAACAGGGUGUUUGGCUUUGCCAUUGUGGCCACGUCCACUCUGAAUAUGCUGAUCCCAGCAGCAGCAAGAGUUCACUAUGGGUGUGUUAUCAUGGUCAGGAUUUGCCAGGGGCUUGUGGAGGGUGUGUCAUAUCCUGCAUGUCACGGCAUCUGGGCCAAAUGGGCUCCACCCCUAGAAAGAAGUCGACUGGCAACAACAGCAUUCUGUGGUUCAUAUGCCGGUGCUGUUGUUGCAAUGCCUUUGGCUGGAGUCUUGGUCCAGUACACCGGAUGGUCCUCAGUGUUUUAUGUGUAUGGGAGUGUUGGGAUAUUCUGGUAUCUCUUCUGGAUUUUAGUGUCCUAUGAGAGUCCAGCUGUCCACCCAACCAUCUCACCAGAGGAGAGGAAGUACAUAGAGGACGCCAUCGGUGAAAGCGCCGGCCUGGUCAACCCUCUGCAGAAAUUUAAAACUCCCUGGCGGCACUUCUUUACCUCCAUGCCAGUGUAUGCCAUCAUCGUGGCCAACUUCUGCAGAAGCUGGACCUUCUACCUGCUCCUCAUCAGCCAGCCCGCUUACUUCGAGGAGGUGUUCGGCUUUGAAAUCAGCAAGGUGGGGCUGGUGUCUGCACUUCCUCAUUUAGUGAUGACCAUUAUCGUGCCAAUUGGAGGACAACUCGCCGACUACCUGAGAACACACAAUAUAAUGACCACAACGAAUGUCCGUAAACUCAUGAACUGUGGAGGGUUUGGGAUGGAGGCCACGCUACUCUUGGUUGUUGGUUUCUCACAUACCAAAGUAAUAGCCAUUUCUUUCCUUGUACUGGCGGUUGGUUUCAGUGGAUUUGCAAUUUCAGGGUUCAAUGUGAAUCAUCUUGACAUUGCUCCACGUUAUGCUAGCAUCCUGAUGGGAAUCUCCAAUGGAGUGGGAACUUUGUCAGGAAUGGUGUGUCCUCUCAUAGUUGGAGCCAUGACCAAACAUAAGACACGUGAAGAGUGGCAGUACGUCUUCCUCAUUGCCUCACUGGUGCAUUAUGGGGGUGUGAUCUUUUACGGGAUCUUUGCAUCAGGUGAGAAGCAGCCCUGGGCGGAUGCUGAGAAUACCAGCGAGGAGAAGUGUGGCAUUCUGGGAGAGGACGAACUGGCCAAUGAAACGGAAGAGCUGUACAGGACUGGAGGACAGUACGGAGCUAUAAACAAUCCCCACGCUGGUGGCCCGAACGGAGGAGGUGCUGGGGCUGGAUGGGUAUCAGAUUGGGAUAAAACAGAAGAAUAUGUUCAACCAGUCGGGACAAAUAAUUAUUUAUAUGGCGGAGAGGGAGAGAGAGAGCUCACAUAGUGAGAAGAAAGAGUCUAUAUCUAAGAGUUAAAAGGGUUAAGAUCAAUACAGAGUUAAAUAGACAGUGAGUGAGUGAAUGUGUGAGCGUGUGAAUAAGCAACAGAGCAAAUGAGUUUCCAAACUGAUGAUCAGAUUAUGUGAUGAUUGUUCUAUAAACAGGCACACUGCAGUGUGUGUUUGUGCGUGUGUGGAUGCGAAGUCCUUUGUGUUUCAGAUUGAGAAUACAGUGGUGCUCUGUGAAUUAUAUAUUCAGUAUUUUAGGCUUCCUGCCAAAAUCACUGUAAUGCACUUAAAUUGACACAGCGGUAUUGAUGGUUGUGGUGUAAGAGUAUACAGUGUAUGAGAUUCUGUGUGUGUGUGUGUGUGUGUGUGUGUGCUCAUGGUGAGUGUGUAUGUGUAAGUUUUCAUAUUGUGCUCAGUUCCUUUUGUUUUAUCCAGUGCUUUAAAUGGUAAAGGGGUUCAAGCAAAUCUAUGGACGUGAAGAUAUUUAUUUGAUCAUAAGUUUGUGCACUUAUACACAAAAUCCUUAAAGGGACAGUCACCAAAACCGAAAAUUCUGUCAUUAUUCAAAUAGACUGAAUGUGUGCGAGUUUAAACGACUUACAUCCUCAUCACUGGGUCAGUGCACAAGCGUGUUUUCAUCCAUGUGCUACGUUAUUCACGUAUACACGUUUUCACAAGCUUACACACAUGCACACGCAUUCAAUAAAUCUGUGGAUGAAUCUAUUUACAAUCUACACACUGAAGGUUUACUGAUAUUACUGCCAGGCAAAUGCAUAGUCCUUUACACGUUACAUUUACAUUUAUGCAUUUGCAGACACUUUCAUCCGAAAGGUAUACGUGACAACUGAUCCCAUUACUUUGUUACUGCUGAUGCUGAUGCCGUGAGUCCAAAUAUAACAUAUCAACACGCACAAACACAGAAAAUGCCAGGCGAAUUGCAAGGUGUAAGUGCCGAAAUUCUGAGAAGUCGAUGGGUUGCAUUCUCAGCAUGCGCAGAUUUUAUCAUGUGCGUCCAUUUAGAGGACAUUCAGUAUAUGAUCGUAGGGAAUCAAUCAGAAAACUGUAUUAGCAAACUGAAAGAGGACGAUUAGUGACCAACUGAUUCUGCCCUUUAAUUUGAUGUUAUUCCGCUUCAUGUGUUUUGUAAUUUUUUGCGCUUAUUUCCCGAACCUUUCAUUUGUUUCUUUGUUUUAUUUGCCUAAACGUAACUUGACUUGUCAGCACAAUAUAAACAAAACAAAAACAUGUUUUCCCUUUGGAGGAAACACUGAAGUAAUAAUGAUAAUAAUACAAAUAAUAUAAUUGAAAAUGUGUACAAAUUGUAUAUGUGAACAUUCCCCGUGUACAAUAAAACUAACUAAAUGUA